UUCAACUCUGUGGGCAAAAAAUUGGGCCAGGAAUUUAAUUAUGCUGUUCCGGUUUCGGAAGCUGUGUGAAGGUGUCGACUGUAAAAAAUCAUGUUCAGAAGAACACCCCUUGGGACCUUAACGAAUUUUUAAAGAUUCUUUAAAAUUCCCCGAUUUCGCAAACUUUAUCUCUAUUCAUUAUUUUCACUAUUUUCCUCAUUUCCUGCAAUAACUGAUUCGCCCUUUGGGGGCCAUUCUGAAUACUGUUUCCACAUUUUUUUUCAGAGUAUCCUUACAUUUGAUUGUUAUGUAUACACUCACAACUUCUUUAUGAGAAACAGCUUCCAAGGCAUUCAUAAAAACAUUUUUUAUUGCAUUCCAUUCGUAAGAAAGUGAGGUUAAAAAUUUGACAACUUGCUAUCUUCACCGAUAUCUCCCCUGACAGUUCUAACCUCAAAAUCGUUUCCAUUUUUCCGGCUGGAUUUUCUCCGAUUUUUCACUUAAAAUGGAGGUGGAAAUGAGCGAAGAAGAGCUCCUCAAGAAACACAAGCAGGAACGCAAAGACCUCCAGGCGAAAAUCCAGUCGUUGAAAAAAAGUGUGACAAAAGGCGAUAAAAAGAAGAAAAAAGAAGUGACUGAAGAAAUCGCCCGCCUUGAGCAGGAACUUGAAACUAAACACUCCUCCGAACUUGGAUCAUUAAAACCAGUCACUGAGGAACAAAUCCCUGAAGAUUCGGAGACUGCUGAUGAUCCCGAAGCACCCAAUGAAGACAAUCAACCGGUUCGAGUGUCGCGAGCCGGUCGCCGACGCAAUAAAAAGGCUCAAGAGGAACGUGAACGUGAGAAACGCAUUCAGGAGCAAGCCGAGAAGAAUAAAGAGGGGCCCAGAAUGACGGAAAUGAACGCGAUUAAAGAAGUUUUGGCCAAAAUGGGGCUACAGUUGUUUAAUAUUCCUGCCGAUGGGAAUUGUCUAUAUUGUGCGGUCAAUCAUCAGUUGGUCUCGACGGGGAGGGAAGCUUACACCGUGCCGAAAUUACGCAAAUUAACAGCAGAGUUUAUGAAAGAGAAUAAAGAAGAGUUUUUGCCUUUUAUGUAUAAUGAGUCGGAUGAAACAGUUAGUGAAGAGUAUUUUGAAUCGUAUUGCAAGGAAGUGGCCACGACCAAGCUAUGGGGGGGCCAACUGGAACUCAGGGCGUUAUCUAAUGUUUUAAAGUGCCCCAUCAAGGUUAUACAAGCAAAUGGGCCCCCAACGUUACAGGGGGAGAAUUUCGAGGGGCCGGAGUUAAUUUUAGCCUACCACAGACAUUUAUACCGGUUAGGUGAACACUACAAUUCCACUAUUGUGCUGAAAGAUGAAGAAGAAAAAUAAAACACUGCCAAACGUAAGAAGCCAGGUUUUUAAUUAUAAUAAGCGCCAAAAUGGUACGAACAGGCGUAAAAAGGAUUAACAGCUGUAAAGUGAAACUUUUGUAAUGACGAAGGAUUAUUAUAAAUGAUUUUUAAACAAUUAA